AUCGUCGGAAUAACGGACAACCCGGCUAGGAGUGCGAUUCGGAGGAGCACAUAGUGUCAGUGCGCGCAGACACCCCCGACCGAUCGCUCUCUCGGGCUCCGCGUCUACCGUCAGCCGUGGAGGCUCGCAGGGGUGAAAGCUCGCGAGUGUGAGAACUCGCGUGUCGCGGACACGCGUGACACCACGCACGCGAAUCGCGAAGAUCUUCCGUUCGCCAUGUGAGAGAGAUCAAGGAAAUUAUUGGAAAUUCUUGUUUCUUUUUUGUGGUCAUUUGUUUAGUGAGACUGUGUUUCUCGCUGGGAAAAAUGCGAUAUGCGAGCAACUCCGAGGUGUUUGAUAUUUCCGAGAAAGGUGUUUUCUUAUUUUGAGGAGAAGGAUACGUUUCCAAGAUGAAAAGUUGAUAUUUGGGUGAGGUACGGAGGACUGUUCGUAGGGGUUGUUAGGAUUCAGAAGACUCCGAUUCAAAUCUACAUAACAAAGGAAUCCUACAAAGGACUCUUAAUAAAAAAGUCAGUAUUUUGAAAUUAUUCUUGGCUUUCAUUAUCCGCCAUGAAUGCAAAACAUCUAGCAGCUUGUCAUGAUGGCAUGAUGACGAUGACGAUCAUUUAGAAGUGGAUCAAGACUUGUGUUUGGAUGGCUUGCAAACGAAAACGAAAAAAGUUUGAGACACGACGUGUCUGAGGCAAGCUCUUUGAACUCUUAUGCCACUGCGCCAUUCAACAUGGCGUAGCGGCGUGAACUUAGAGAUCAGUGCGAUAAGCGUUUUGAUGAAUGUGAGGAUGGUCAUACGGUAGCGUGUGCUAAGCGGGACUUAGAGCAUCAGCUCGAUAAAUUUGUGCUCCAAAUCGGAGCGGAUUACACACCAUCAGCACAACAGUCCUGGCGUCCAUGGUGACUCCCGGCGAUGAUUGGAUACAAUCAACACAAUUCCGGCUACAACAAGCUAUUUACCCAGGGCUCGGCGGAUUCGAACUACUCACAGCCGAGCUCGGAUCUCUCGCUGGACGAGGAGAAGGAAAGUUUACGACGCGAAAAGGAGAGGCAGGCCCUCAAUCAACUCGAAAAAGCUAGGUCAAAACCGGUAGCGUUUGCGGUGCGGACCAACGUAAGCUAUGACGGAUCCGUCGACGAUGAUUCACCCGUCCACGGCUCGGCCGUCAGCUUUGACGUCCGCGACUUUCUUCACAUCAAGGAGAAGUAUGACAACAACUGGUGGAUCGGCAGGCUCGUGAAAGAGAACUGCGACGUGGGUUUCAUCCCGUCACCGGUCAAGCUGGAGGCCCUGAGGUUGCAGGCGAGCACCGCGCGUGGCUCGAAGGGUCUCUACUCAACGCGAGGAGGGUCUUCAGGGAACCUUGGCGAGAGUGGUAUGCCCUCACGUGGUUCCACACCACCUACGCCAGGUGACGACAGCGACAGCGUCGGAAACGUGAGACCUGGCAAGGCGACCCUGACGACCCCUCCCGCUAAGGAGAAACGGAAGAACUUCUUCAAGAAGCCGUCCUACGAGACGACAACCCCCUACGACGUAGUACCUUCCAUGAGGCCCGUGGUGCUGGUUGGACCAUCACUCAAGGGUUACCAGGUAACGGACAUGAUGCAGAAAGCGCUCUUCGAUUUUCUCAAACAUCGCUUCGAAGGCAGAAUUAUUAUUACGAGGGUAAUGGCCGAUAUUUCGUUAGCGAAGAGAUCCUUGCUAAACAAUCCAACCAAAAGAGCAAUUAUGGAGCGAACAACUAGCAGAAGUAGCUGUUUAGCAGAAGUUCAACAAGAGAUCGAAAGGAUUUUCGAGCUUGCUAGGACUCUUCAGUUAGUCGUUUUAGACUGCGAUACCAUCAAUCAUCCAUCGCAAUUGGCGAAGACCAGUUUGGCACCUACGAUCGUUUAUUUGAAGAUUUCUUCGCCAAAAGUACUUCAGAGGCUGAUCAAAACUCGAGGAAAAUCGCAGAUACGUCAUCUAAACGUACAAAUGGUGGCCGCGGAAAAGUUGGCGCAAUGCCCACCGGAGAUGUUCGACGUCAUCCUAGACGAGAAUCAGUUGGAGGAAGCAUGCGAACACGUAGCCGAGUACCUGGAAGCUUAUUGGAGGGCGACGCAUCCACCGGAUUUUUCUACGGUGCCGCGCGCCGUGCCUGCACCUGAUGCUCCGGCGGAUUCGUAUACGCAACGCGUGCCCUCAGGUGCUCCUCAUGAAACUUACUAUCAUCGAAGAGGAGGCAGUUAUGGUGCUGGAGAUGUCAGUGGCGGAACGAGAAGAUCGCGGCUGGAGCGGAUGGAUCGCGAUCGGGGCGACCGCAUGGAUCACGACUACGGCGAGGAGGAACACGGCGUCGAUUACGGUAGUGCCUCGAGACGUCGCCAGCAGCAGGACUCGCGUGCUCUUAAUGCUAUUUAGGAGCUGGGGCCCCGGGGCCUGUCGCUACAGCGCUGUCCCCACCUGCGCACCACCGCCCUUUAGCGGGCUCGCCUCCCGGUAACGCUAGGAAGUGCGCAACGCUACCUCGCGAUAAGAUCGCUGCGCUCUGUUAGUGGGGCUGUUUCCUGUCGCGCUAUUCUACGCUAAAAAAGAACAGAGAGAGAAGGAAGGAAGAGAACAGAAAUCCAGAUCGGCUGAUACCAGCCACCAACAAGUCUGAGAAUGACGCUAUCAUGUAUCGAUCCUAUCUGGACGUAUCAUCGACGAUUUUCAAGAUCGUUGACGGUCUGUCUUCGCGUACCUGUUCAACCUCGCUAUCUACACUACCAGUCGCCAGCAGCGUGCACGCUAAUCCCGAACAACGUCUCGCGCUUGCAUUCUCAUCCGUGCCACUCACAGGAAAUGUCCAUAAAUUGUAAUGCAAGAUUUUGUUCUGUUAGAAGAGGUGAUUCAGUUGCGAUGUAAUCGUUGAAGAAUCCUUUUUGGCACGCUCAAAAAGCGUAUAUUCUUAUCUUCCAGAAACUUUUGCACUGCUAUACGCUGCUUUUCGCUGCUAUUUAUUCCUUACUAUUGCUUAUUACUGGGUAUUUCGAUCAAUGGCGUUUACAACCAUCUCAAUUGUAUGAUUAUAUUUCUUUAAUACUGAUCCAACAAAGACGGUUUAAUGAUCAAACAUUAGACACUUGUUUUUCUUCUUCUUUUUCUAAUACUACCGGUCAUCAGCAGCGUGCACGUGUCAUCCAGAUAUUUUUCCACCAAUAUAACUAAAUAUUGCUUAUCUUCGAACUACGUGUAAAGAAAAGACAACACGGCUAUUCUUGAGCAUUGCUGGACGAGUUCCGUCAGCAAUCCUACAACUCACACACGCUACUCAUACUCUAGACAUCUAAAUGUCCUACGUCGCGUUUUACUUCGUCAAUUGCGAAUGAUGUCGUAAUCAAAAUCGCGAACGCGUAUCACUCUGACAGUGUCACCUGCGAUUACUUGUUAAUUAUUACCAACCAUUGAAUUAUCCACACGCACAAACAUUAUGAAAGAUGUACCUGUUCGACGACAUAUACUGACUUAUGAACUUUGCUAUACUAUAUCGAGAGAACACGUCAACCGCUCACGAAGAAUAUCAUACUUUGCCAAAUGUGUCAAUCGCUCACUGUAAUGAGUGCUGACCAUGACGAGAUGCACGCUACAUGGCAUCCUCCCACGAAACAUUUUCUAUAUGUCACUGUACGGAGAAAGAGUAACAUUGUAAAAUAAUUUCCUAAAAGAAAAUAUAUAUACUUGGCUGCAUCCGGUGCUCCUCGUUAAGCACACUACUCCAAGUCGUUCGCACAUUCAACUGAGAUCCGAUUCUGCAUAUCUCUUGCGCGAAAAAUAGCGCGAAACUCACUCUCGAACCUUUUUACAGGCUCCCAAGUACGUUUACGAGCAACUGGUGCAAACGUUGUUCAAGCAAUCGCAACUUUACGAUAUUCUUUGCACUAAAUCAUUAAGAGCUCGCUCGAAAUCAAUUAUAAAUUAAUCAUUAGUUAGUAUUUAUACACGUUAUUUUACGAUACAAAUGUUUGCCAAACAUUAUUGCAGUAAGAAACAUCAUCGUGGAAAUUAUUAAGACAAAUGCUUUGUAAUUACCAUAAAUACUUCAAGGUUCGAGCGUAGUUUAAUGAUCGUUCAAUGAAACGGUCUUCGUAUCAGGAGUUAUGGUCAAGUCGAAACGACUCCAGUGUCCUUGUUCAUUGCAACAUAUACGCAGGACAAACCCCAUUCGUGGAAUCAGCUCGAUGACACUAGUAGACGCGCGAGAUAAUCGUGUGGGACGAGGAGACCAAGACAGAAAGUGCACUCGAGAGAGAGUGAAGAGAGCCCUGGGGCCUUAAUCCCUGCACCGUCUUCUCCUGGGCCCCAAAACUUAAACCUUUUAACCGUCGAACAGCGAUCGGCGAUCGACACAGAACCGAAUUUUUCUUGUGAUCGAGAAAAAGAUUUAUGAAGAGUAUAUCUGACUUCUAUUUUAGAAUUUAAUUAUAGAAUAUGUGAAUAAAAUGACGAUUAAUUAUAAUUGCAGAAAAUUAACGAUCGUCUAGAGGGAUGACCUAUGAUCAAGUAUAUCAGCUAAUUAUUACCAGUUAAUCUUGCAUGUAAGCGAAACAAGGAAGCUUUAACUGAAACUUCGCAGCUGAUCAUAGAGACUUCAAUUCGAUCGUCGAUCGUGGCAGCGAAUGUAGCCAUCAUAACUUCAGCGAUUUGCGAUCGUUACGGCUCCGCAAACUCGGACUUUGAUCGUAGAAAUCAAGAUCCGUCGUCGCUCACAACGGCGGAUUUAGCUGAACGACUCGAUCAAUGUAGUGAUAUUUACCAUCAAUCACAUAAUUAAAUUAGACAAAAACUAACGUAGAAACGAGGCGUUUUGGGGGAGCUUUUGAUUUAUGAGACGACGCACUGAUGAUACGACUCGAAAUCAGAAAAUGUCUCGGUGCGCUUUGAAUACUUUGAAAGUUUUCGAUUUUGAUUGAGCGCGUCAACAACCUGUCGCGCCACUAUAAUGCGUUUAUACGUUUUAUUAGAACUACGCAAAAGUAUAUACACUGAAAUACACGUACACUACACACCAAAGAAAGCGCGCUUUAUGUACAUAGUAUACAUAUAUACAUAUAAAUUGUAACACGCAAGUGAGAGAUUCCAUCUAUAUCGCUCGAUGAAUUUUAAUCAAGAUAAGAGAAAAUUCAAGAGGAUAUUUAUUCAGGAGAUGUGAAUAAAAAUGAUUCGACUUUUCUGUGGAUAGACUGAAUUGUGGAUAUAAUUUGAAUAUUGUCGCAGUAAAGCUACAUAACUAUUAGAUACAUUUCUGGACUCGUGAAUCGUAUAGCUCAUUAUUUAUCAUACAUUAAUUCAACAUUUGACUAGCUUCUUAAACAUUUUGAACUGGAAUAAUUAUAAAAAUUUUAAUUACUCUCCAAAAAUGUUGCUUAUUUUUAUUCGCAUUUCCCACUCCAAUGGCGUUAUGUAAAUACUGUAAGAAGCCUUUUAAACGAGUGCCGUUGAAGUACUCACUUACGCAAGCGUCGAUACGCCGUGCAUAACGUGGAUCGAUGUCGAAUUAAAAGAUACUUGUAAUUAGAUCUUCAAUUUGUUUUUACGCUAAAAUAGUAUAAUAAAAGAUAUUUAUCACGUCACGGAAAACAUUUGGCACGUGACAUGCUCAUUGCGAAAUAUCUGUCGACUCCAACGCGCGGAGCCAUCUGACUGUGGUAAAAAAUAGAGGAAAAUCAAUCGUAUCGAUUCAUUUUGCAGAAACAUACGUGAAAUAUUUCCCUCUGCCCAGGAUAAUAUGAUUAUCCUCCGUGUCGCUGAAGAAAUAAAUGUAAUACUUGAUGAAAAUAAAACUUACAAACAUCUUAGGAAUGUUCUCGCGGCCAAAUAACUCGGAAUAGAUCACCAUCAUCAUUUAGGAUAAAAUUAAUCGGAAAUUUCUUCUAUACAUACGUAUAUGCGGUGAUUGCGUGCAAGUGAUUUUGAUUAGCGGUGUCCUAUACAUUAUGUACGUCUGUAUAAACUAGCAUAAACCAUACAUACGGAUAACCUUGAUUCUAUCUCGAUUCAAGUUUUCGAAUUGAGUUUUCGAUCAAUUCGUUGAUAUUGCUUUCAAAGUCGAAUAGCAGUUAGAUUAUUCUCUCUUUAAGGAAAAAGAUUUUUGAAAAGUAUGCAUGCCUGAUCAUCUGAAAUGAUUUUCGUGGAGCUUGAGUACAUUUCGCGACAUAUUUAUGAAAAUUACAGAAACUCGGAUCGUAAUAUGAAUUCAUAUAUUAGAUCAAUCUGUUUAUUUGUUGAAACAGUAGAUAGGCAUAUGUGAUUGACAGAAUAUAGUGUUUGAAAAUUAAUUUACAUAGUUAAAUGAUGAUAGGUAUAUAACACGUCCUUAAUUGGUACCUCUUUUGUCGCAUCAUCUUUCUUGUAAUUGUAUAGAUUAAAUUUAUUAAAAAUUCAAGAAAGAAUAUAUGUACAUCUAAUAAAAUAUUUAGAUCUUCCUUAGAUUUUAAGUUCUUUGAAAGCUUAAGUAGGAGACACAAUGUUGAAUCAUAAUGUAGCUAAUCAGGUUGCAAAGUAUUAAGAGUAAAAUCUUUUUGUUUCAAGGUAUUGUAUUUUAUAAGACCGAUCGAUGAUGGGUACCAAUCAAAGACACAUUUUAUGAAGAAACUGUGCCGCGGAACAUAAUUGAUUUGCGCACUCUACGAUCAUACGUGCUAUGUAUUUGUUUGCCUCUUUUAAUACUUAAAUCUUAGAUAGAUAUGUAUAUACAAAUUUAUAUACAAAUAUCUGGAGUAUCUCAAAGCUUCGCAUGAGAUUUCGUGCCGACGCGAACUAUCGCGCCAAUAUCGCUUGUCAAUGUUGAGGAUGUAAAUUUUAUCAUAGGGAGAAAUUUUGUAAAGAGAAAUAUAUAGACAUAAAUAUCGCACGUUUGAGUGAGGAGCCAAGAAAACAACAGAGGUUCCGUUCUUUAACAAAUGAUCGAAUGAAGAUUAUCGUUGUGAGUCAUCUCUACGUGAAAUAACGAGUGACGCGGCAUAUCUCGAGACGAUCAAUCGCGAGGUCCUUUCGCAACUCAGACUUUGUACAUAUUAGGUAAAUAAGUUUCGUCAUGGUCGCUGUGAAUUCACGUAAAAGAUAUUCACACUGUUUUUUGCUUCCGUACGACGUGUUCGUUUCCCACGUCGAUCUGCACCGAAUGAGACCAUCCCAAGGAAACGCAAAUACACAUGACAUUCUCGAUAUAAAGAAAUAUGCUUCACUAUUCUCUCCUCGGGUGUAUAUUUGUAAGCAGAAUGCGGAAGUUUGUGUAGUUUAGCGAUGAGUUCUCCCACGCCGAUGAUGCUGAGACUCAUGAAGGCGAUCCACGUACGAUUGUUUUCACGUCAUCGUUCAGUCUAAACGAAAUUCUUCUCUUCUGCUCUUUCAUCGAUGUUAUUAAGAAAAUAACGCAUUUCAGAUUACUUAAGCGAUAACUCAUUAUGACACAAAUUUUGUGAACUUACAAACUUCCGUACUUUACUUAUAACGUUUAUUCACUUAUAAUAGCUAAGAAAACUUCUAAGGAUUUGCAUUCGUUGUAAAAACAAAUACAUGCUAUAAACA